CUUCAUGGCGGCUGAGGAGAUGCACUGGCCUGUCCCCAUGAAGGCGAUUGGUGCCCAGAAUCUGCUAACCAUGCCUGGGGGUGUGGCCAAGGCUGGAUACCUGCACAAGAAGGGUGGUACCCAGCUGCAGCUGCUCAAAUGGCCCCUGCGCUUUGUCAUCAUCCACAAGCGAUGCAUCUACUACUUCAAGAGCAGCACGUCGGCCUCCCCACAGGGCGCCUUCUCACUGAGUGGCUAUAACCGGGUGAUGCGGGCUGCUGAGGAGACGACAUCCAACAAUGUGUUUCCCUUCAAGAUUGUCCACAUCAGCAAGAAGCACCGCACGUGGUUCUUCUCAGCCUCCUCUGAGGAUGAGCGCAAGAGCUGGAUGGCCUUGCUGCGCAGGGAGAUCGGCCACUUCCACGAGAAGAAGGAGCUGUCCCUGGAUACCAGUGACUCCAGCUCCGACACAGACAGCUUCUAUGGCGCAGUCGAGCGGCCUGUGGAUGUCAGCCUCUCUCCAUACCCCACGGACAACGAAGACUAUGAGCACGACGAUGAGGAUGACUCGUACAUGGAGCCCGACUCCCCUGAGCCCAUGAAGCCUGAGGACGCCCUCACCCAUCCGCCGGCCUACCCACCACCCCCAGUGCCUGUGCCGAGGAAGCCAGCCUUCUCCGACAUGCCCCGAGCCCACUCCUUCACCUCCAAGGGCCCCAGCCCCCUGCUGCCACCUGUGCCCCCUAAGCACGGCCUCCCAGAUGCCAUCCUGGUCCCCGAGGACUCCAAGAGGGACUCGCUGGGCCUGAGGCGGGCAGAGCCUGCCCUCAGGGUGCCUGCUACCUCCAGAAGGAUGAGCGACCCCCCACUGGGCAGCGUGCCUGCUGCUCCCAGCCUUCGGAAGCCCCCUUGCUUCCGAGAGAGUGCUAGCCCCAGCCCGGAGCUCUGGACCCCUGGCCAUGGGGCUAGCUCUGCCUCCAGUUCUGCCACCAUGGCUGCUGCCACCUCCAGGAACUGUGACAAACUCAAGUCCUUUCACCUGUCCCCCCGUGGGCUGCCCAUGUCUGAGCCCCCACCUGUACCGGCCAACAAGCCCAAGUUCCUGAAGCCAGCUGAAGAGGACCCCCCAAGGGAGGCAGCAAAGCCUGGACUCUUUGUCCCUCCUGUGGCCCCCAGGCUUCCCGCACUGAAGCUGCCCAUGCCUGAGGCCACAGCUCGGCCCUCAGUGCUACCCAGGCCAGAGAAGCCGCCGCUGCCCCACCUCCAGCGAUCACCCCCGGAUGGGCAGAGUUUCAGGAGCUUUUCCUUCGAAAAACCCCGGCAACCCUCGCAGGCUGAUGUGGGCCAGGAGGACUCAGAUGAGGACUAUGAGAAGGUGCCGCUGCCCAGCUCAGUCUUUGUCAACACCACAGAAUCCUGCGAAGUGGAAAGGCUAUUCAAAGCUACGAGCCCUCGGGGAGAGCCCCAGGAUGGACUCUACUGCAUCCGGAACUCCUCCACUAAGUCGGGGAAGGUUUUGGUUGUGUGGGAUGAAACCUCCAACAAAGUUAGGAACUACCGCAUCUUCGAGAAGGACUCCAAGUUCUACCUGGAAGGCGAGGUCCUGUUUGUGAGCGUGGGCAGCAUGGUGGAGCACUACCACACCCACGUGCUGCCUAGUCACCAGAGUCUGCUGCUGCGGCACCCCUAUGGCUACGCCGGGCCCAGGUGACGCCUGCCCCGUAUGGCUGUCAGGCAGAGGCAGUCACGGGGGCCAUGACCCCAGGCCACACCGAUGGAGACUGGCCUGCAUGGGAGGAAGAGCUGGAGCAAGGGCUGGGCUUGCCCCAGGGCCUCUCCAACAGACACCUUAUGGAAUCUGCAGGGCCUCACGUAGCAGGCUGGGUCCCCACAGCUGGACCAAGCCCCACAUUCCAGGGAGCUGGUGGGCUCUCUGGCCUCACUGGGCCUCGCCCUGUCCCACCCCCAGGAACCCAGGACCCAGCCUGGGCUUUGAGGACAGGAGUCUGGUCCCCCGGCACACCUACCCUGACGUGGGCUGAGGCAGUUGGGUGGGGGCCGGGGCUGGCCCUAAGACCCCACAGGAAUACUAAGAUGCAGGCUCCAAUAGGGGCUGUUGCUUCCCGAUAAAGCAGAGAUGAUCUCUGCCUUGGUGUCCAGGGCUUGACUGGGAAGGGGAAGGGAACUGGCUUUACUGAGCGCCCACACCGAUGUUCAGAUGGUGACUGCAACAGCUUACAGGAACCCUAAGAGGUGGUUGUCCUGUCUUCCAGGGCACAGGUGGCCGACUGACUUGCCCAGGGUACACAGUGAGUCACAGGUUAGGACCCAAACUUGGGCCGUCUGGACUCAGAGCCCAUUCUCCCAAGCUCCAGUUCUACUGCCACAGGUCAGGCCGGGGCAAUGGGGCUGCAGAGCUGAACUCUCUGGGACCACAGUUGGUUUGUUCACAGCAUUAACAAACAGUUAUUGAGCACUUCCUGUGUGCCUGGCCUGGUGCCAGGCCUGCGCAUGUGCUAUGAGCAGGCCCCUGUCCUGACUAAGCUCACAGCCCAGUGUGGGAACAGCUGGGUCUGCAGGGACCAGGAGCUGGACCUAGUUGGGGGUUCCAGGAAGACUUCUUGGAGGAGGUGACAGCUGUGGUGGGGGCAGAAAGAGUGGGUCCCGAGCAGGCCAAGGGUGGCUAGGGACAGUGGUACCCAGAUGCCCAAGUCCUCUGGGCGAUACCUGGCUCAGGCCCAGCCCUGAUUGGACUUCUUACUUUCUGGCAUGUAAUUCCAGCUGGUCACUCUCCCUGGCACGGCCAUCCAGGCUGGAUUUUUCAUGAAAACAGACUCAACUGGGGGUCAGGUGGCAGGCACACCAGGAUUAUUGUGAUUUUCACCCCAUUUUAUGUUGGGGAAACCCAAACUUAGGACAGCACUUGUGCCCAUCAGCCAGUGACUGACUGUCCCUGGGAGAGGGCCUUUUAUUUGGACCCUCUUCCCCAGGGUAUAUUCUGGGGGCCUGUGGUUUACAGGAGGAAGCGGGGGUGAAAAGGUGAGUCAGUGGAUGUGGGUGGCCAUGGCCCCAUGGGGCUGUAGGGUGCGGUAGGACUAUAGACCCUGUGGACGACAGCAGCCAUCUGCUUCCAUGAACCAGGUGUCUGAGACCAUCACUGCAGGGGUUUCCUCUUCAGCCUGCCCAGGGAGAGGGGUCAGUGUACCACGGUUGAGUUUGGGGCACAGGGAGAUUCUGGUGUUCUGAACUAUCUCUGGAAAACCAGCCGUUCCUCCUCCCUACAGCUGGAGUUCUUUGGCCAGUCUGACCUGAAGUUGCUUGGGGACCCUCGGGGACGCAUACUGUUCUCCACUGUGGCUGUGGUUUCCUUUUCUAUAAAAUUUUAAAAUGGGGGGUUGGAUCAGAGAAGCGGUUUCCAGCCAGUACCUGGGGGUCUGCCGAGCUGGUGAUACAGGACACUAUGGCUUUUAUCUAACCUGCACAGUGACCUGGAACCAGCUCAGUGGCUAAAGCAUUUUUGAAGACCCCUCAGUGUGAAGGUUUGGGGGUCCUGAGGCCCAGAGUCAGGUGUAAGGUCUUUCUGACCAACUGGACAGCUGAGGUCUGUGGCUGCCCAAAGGCCCAGCCCAAGGUGUGGCCUACCCUCCCUCCCCACACCUAGAGCCUGGGCCUGCAGGCACAGCUGCCACCUCUUUGUGAACCACCCUAGGGCCAGGGCCUCAGUUGCAAGAACAUGUGUUUUGGGGGUGAUGGGUGGGGUCCCAGGCCAUGGUCCUGCAGCAUGAAAGAGGGGCUGUAAGGGGUUCCUGCUGCCUCCUGAGACCUACUGUGAAUGUUCCAUUCCAUAUAGAGGGCUUGGGGUUGUGGUUAUCAUUACUGAGCAUUUCCUGCAUUCGAGGUGCUAAGCUAGGUACUUGACAUAAUUUGCUUGGAGAAACAACUGCUUAGUCUCGUUUUACAGGUGAGAGAGCUGAGGCUUGGAGGCCUGGGUUCAAGUCCCAGUUCUGCCACUCACUGGCAUGUUCUUCACUGCUCUGAGCCCCAGAUCCUGUCCCUGCCUAUCUUUCCGCCAGCCCUCCCAGCCUCAGAUAGGCAUCUUGGGAGUCCUCCCGCAGCCAGGGGCCUCCAGCUCUGGGGGAACAGAACUGCCCUGCCUCACUCUGUGUUGAGGGCAGGUGGACUGGAGGCCUCUCCCUGCUCUGGAGACAGUCCUGCUUCCUCAUUUACAGGUGGGGAAGCUGAGCCUCAGAGAGGGUUCCCUGACCAGCCCCCCAGAGGUGGGUUUGGUCCCGGGGCUUGGGAAAAGGACCCCAGACACUUAUGGGAAGCUUCUCCAAGCCAAGGAUGAAACAUGGUCUUCCCUUUCAGUUGAUCUGAAAGAGUGUGGUGAACCCCUAUGCCUUCUGUUAAUAAAGAUUUUUA